AUGGCGCCGGGCGGCGGGCGGCGGCGGGGAGGCGGCGGCGGCUGCGGCGGGGGGAGCCUGGCAGCGGGACCGGGACCGGGCCCGGGAGGCGGCGGCGGCGGCGGCCGAGGCCCCGCGUCCCCGCCGCCGCUGCUGCCGCCGCUGCUGCUCCUGCUGGCGCUGCCCGGCGGCGGCGGCGGCUCCCCGGUAGCGGCGGCGGCGGGGGACAGCGUGAUCCUGGGCAUGCGGCUGGAGGAGAGCACGAAGCCGGCGGCGGCGGCUCCGUCGCGGGGCCCGAUCCGGGUGACGGAGGGCAGCGAGGUGCUGCUGCGCCUCUACGGGCUGGGGCUGGGCCCGCGCACCGGCGAGCGGGUGGCCUUCGCCGAGCUGCGCCCCGCCGCCAACGCCUCGGCCGCCGCCAACGGCAGCUGCCCCGAGCGCUCGCAGGACCUGGUGGUGCGGCCCGGGCCCGCCGAGCCCCGCAGCACCUCGGCGCUGCUCCGCGUGCACGUGCAGCCGCUGCGCAAGGACGAGCGGGCCAAGACGUACGUGCUGUGCAGCCAGCGGCGGCCCGGGCAGCCGUGGCUGCCUCACCGGGGCCCCGACGGGCAGCUGGUGGUGCUGGAGGAGAAGAAGUCGCUGCUGCCGCUGUGGCUGCAGGCCACGCUGAUCGGCGGGCUGCUGGUGCUGUCGGGGAUGUUCAGCGGGCUCAACCUGGGGCUGAUGGCGCUGGACCCCAUGGAGCUGCGCAUCGUGCAGAACUGCGGCACCGACAAGGAGAAGCGCUACGCGCGCAAGAUCGAGCCCAUCCGCCGCAAGGGGAACUACCUGCUGUGCUCCCUGCUGCUGGGCAACGUGCUGGUCAACACCACGCUCACCAUCCUCCUCGACGACCUCAUCGGCUCCGGCAUCGGCGCCGUGGUGGCCUCCACCAUCGGCAUCGUCAUCUUCGGGGAGAUCGUGCCCCAGGCGCUCUGCUCCCGCCAUGGGCUGGCCGUGGGCGCCAACACCAUCGUGGUCACCAAGUUCUUCAUGCUGGUGACGUUCCCCCUCUCCUACCCCAUCAGCAAGCUCCUGGACUGCAUCCUGGGCCAGGAGAUCGGCACCGUCUACAACCGGGAGAAGCUGGUGGAGAUGCUGAAGGUGACGGAGCCCUACAACGACCUGGUGCGGGAGGAGCUCAACAUGAUCCAGGGCGCCCUGGAGCUGCGCACCAAGACGGUGGAGGACGUGAUGACCCCGCUGCAGAACUGCUUCAUGAUCAACAGCGACGCCAUCCUGGACUUCAACACCAUGUCGGAGAUCAUGGAGAGCGGCUACACCCGCAUCCCCGUCUACGAGGACGAGCGCUCCAACAUCAUGGACAUCCUCUACAUCAAGGACCUGGCCUUCGUCGACCCCGACGACUGCACGCCCCUCAAGACCAUCACCAAGUUCUACAACCACCCCGUCCACGUCGUCUUCCACGACACCAAGCUGGACGCCAUGCUGGAGGAGUUCAAAAAGGGGAAGUCCCACCUGGCCAUCGUGCAGAAGGUGAACAACGAGGGCGAGGGAGACCCCUUCUACGAGGUGCUGGGGCUGGUGACGCUGGAGGACGUCAUCGAGGAGAUCAUCAAGUCGGAGAUCCUGGACGAGUCGGACACCUACACCGACAACCGCAGCAAGAAGCGGGUGGGCAACCAGAAGAACAAGCGGGACUUCUCGGCCUUCAAGGACCCCGUCAACGAGCUGAAGGUGAAGGUGUCCCCGCAGCUGCUGCUGGCCGCUCACCGCUUCCUCUCCACGGAGGUGACGCUCUUCACGCCCAACUUCAUCUCGGAGAAGAUCCUGCUGCGGCUGCUCAAGUACUCGGACGUCAUCCAGGAGCUGAAGUUUGACGAGGAGAACAAGAAGUCCCCACGCCAUUUCCUCUACACCAAGAACAAGUCAGCCGACUACUUCAUCCUCAUCCUGCAGGGCAAGGUGGAGGUGGAGGCCGGCAAGGAGUGCAUGAAGUUCGAAGCGGGAGCCUUCUCCUACUACGGGGUGAUGGCCAUCAGCCCGCCUCCGGUAUCGGAGACCCGCUCCCCGUCCCACGUGGGCAGCCUGAACCGCUCGGCCUCCCUGAGCUACCAUGAGCGCUCCGACUCCGUCUCGUCCCCCGUCAGCAGCAGCAACAACCAGCUCAACGCCAGCGCCCCGUACGUGGCCGACUUCAGCGUCCGCGCCCUCACCGACCUCCAGUUCGUCAAGAUCACGCGGCAGGAGUACCAGAACGGCCUCACCGCCUCCCGCAUGGACAGUUGUCCCCAGUCCCCGGACAGCAGCGCUCCCAAACCCGACCUGCCGGAGAAGCCGGAGCCCGCCGACGAGACCACCAGCCUCCUGAACGAGAGGAACUGCCUGAGCCGCCGGAGCAACCACAGCCCCGUGGAGAACUCCAUCUGACCCCGGCCGCGGGCCAGGGACGCGUUGGGACCCCCGCAGCCGCCCUGCGGGGACCCUGCCCAGGUCAGAAACGCUCCGGUGGCGAUGGAGCGGGUACGGGUCCGCCGCGCCGGCCACCGAGGGAACGGACGCACCCGCCGCCGCUUUCACACCCGGUGUUUGCCGGAGGCACCCGCGGCGCGGGCCGGAAGGGAGCCCGGUUUUGCUGCUGCUGCUGCUUUUUGGAGACUGGUUCCGUGGUUUCAGCGCGGUGGAGGCCGGAGGCCCCGCGGCCGGCGAGCGUUCGUUCGCGUGCAGCUCAGGGAGCUUCAGGUCCCGCGGGCCGGGCCCCCCCACGGCCUCCCCCCGGGGGUGUUUUUGGGCGGACGCGAGCGACUCUGGGGCCUCCUCCCGGAGAACCGCACCGGGCCCGAGGCCGCGGCGAGGGGCUUGACUCUGCCACCAGCCCCCCCUGCCUCCAGCGGGGGCGCUGAGGAUGGCCGGGAGACCCCCCCCCAAAAAAAAUAAAACAUAAAUAAAGCGGAGGUGGAACGGGGUGGGGGGGGUGACUCAGGGAGUGCCGCGGCCCCGGGGCGGGGGGCUCGGGGGGGCAGGAUCCGGCACACAGCUAGUGACCAAAGUACGGGCGGGGGGGGCUCCCCUCCGCCUCCUCCCAAGGAGCUUCUCCGAAAUCGCCAGCUGGGACCCCCCCCCUCACCGCCGGGGCUCCCCCCCCACCCCCCCUGAAAAGCACAAGUCCCCUGGGUGACCGCUGUAAGUUAUUGGGAGAAGGUUAAUUAUUUUUGUUAAUCGUGUCGCGACUAUCAGGUCCUAGGUUCUUCUGCGGGGAGAUGCUAGAAGUAAUAAUAAUAAUAAUAAUAAUAUUAAAUCAUGAUGGAAAUUAAAAAAAAAAACAACUUUUUUUAUUAAAUCUUCCUCUAUGCAACCCUUCCCCCCCGAGAAUCUGUAUUUAUUUUUCGCAUCGGGUUUGAUUUGUAUAUUUUGGGGAGGGGGAGGCCGGGCCCGGAGGCCCCGCAGGGGCCGGUGCCACUGUUGCAGCCUCCCCCCCAGGUUGUGGAACUGACUCUGGAAUUUUAUUUUAUUUUUGCCGAUUGGGUAAUAAAAAAAUCUCU